GUGGAUGCAGCGGUGUCUAUGAGCGGAUUUUAGAAUCUUAGUGUUUCGAUAAUAAAGUGCAACAGAUGAGUGACAAGGUGCCCGGACUUAGCCAAGUUUAUCGGCGCUGUGCGCCAGCCGGCUUUGGCAUGGGUGGGCGUAGAAUAAUCAAAGCUGCGGCCUUCCUGAUAGCUUUAGGAUACAGCAGUUUGCUUGUUUAUCAGGGCGGUGUGAAUUUUAACUUCCAAGAAAGUCGGUCAGUGCAAGUGGCUGAUUUAUCUAUUGAACCUGUGACAAAAACCACUAUUUUAGAUAGUGGUCAGAAUAAAAAUAUAACUUUGGAUGAUAUUUUUAUAAGUGUUAAAACGACAAAACACUACCAAAAUACAAGAUUGCCGAUAUUAUUGAAGACAUGGUUCCAGUUGGCAAAGGAGCAGACAUGGUUCUUCACAGACAUAGACAACCAACUUCUACAAAAUCAAACAAACGGUCACAUGGUAAACACGAAGUGUUCGGCGUCGCAUCAGCGAAAACACCUCUGUUGCAAAAUGUCCGUCGAAUAUGACCGUUUUCUGGAAAGCGGUAAAAAGUGGUUCUGUCAUUUUGAUGAUGACAACUACGUGAACAUUCCUCGAUUGGUCAGCGUACUACAGACAUAUAAUCAUCACGAAGAUUGGUAUCUCGGUAGAACGUCUGUGUAUGAACCUGUGAAAAUAUACAAGAAGCCUACUAGCAAGUUACUAUUUUCAUUUUGGUUCGCGACCGGCGGAGCUGGUUUUUGUAUCAGCAGAAGUUUAGCUUUAAAGAUGUUGCCAGUGGCAAGUGGGGGAAGAUUCAUCAGCAUCUGCGAAGGUAUUCGAUUGCCAGAUGAUGUGUCCAUGGGAUUUAUUAUAGAACAUCUCAUGAAGAAAAAUUUAACUCGAGUGCCAGAGUUCCAUUCUCACUUGGAGCAAAUGAAACUUUUGAUGCCGGAAACUUUCCGGGAUCAAAUAUCAUUCAGUUACUCAAAGUCAAAGAACGGUUGGAACGUCAUAAACGUUCCUGGUUUCGACGCAAGAUAUGAUCCCACUAGAUUUCUUUCGCUGCACUGUUAUCUCUUUCCGCAUUUCAAAUUUUGUCCUAGGUAAUACCAAACCAAGAACAUAGAUUUAUAUUUAUAAUAGAAUUUUAUCUACAUCGUACAUUUUAUUUUAACAUUCCUAUACAUAGUUUAAAUAUUUACAAAACGAUUUUCGUAUAUAUACGGUGCAAUAACCAUUAUUUCAAAAUUCAUAUAAUAUAAACGAAUGAAAUGUUAUCUGUUGUGAAUAUUAUCUAGAUUGUGAUAUUAAUUUAACAAUCUUAAAAUUAAAUAAUAAUAUUGUAAAAAUUAUAAUUUGUUUAUUAAAUGUGAAAAUAUAUAAUGUUUAAUAUUUAAGUAUUCUUGUCAUCAGUGGAGCUAUUCUGGAAGUCGAAAGUCGUAACUUAUCUUAAGAGACUAUCGUUAAAUGUCAAAAGAUGAUAUGGGAUAUUGACAAUUAUGUAAUUUAAAGUAUACAAAUAGAGUAUCACAUUAAGUUGGUUAUCGACAUUUCAAGAGAAACGAAGCGAGUUCUUACAGAAUAGCAUUGACGUAUGUUCUAUAGAAGCACAAGCUUAAUCAUUAUCACGAUUUGUUUUACCGAGUCAAGUGUUCAAAUGGGACACGUGUAUUAAAACGAAAGAUUGAGGCAUAUAUCUGAAAUUAUUUUGAAAUUUCAUUCAAAUAAUGCUCUAAGAUACUAUAUUUAAGAAAUUGAUAUUUUAGAGUAUCACAUUAUCUUUGAGUUACGAGUACGUAAGUUUUUACGUCAUAAUUUAUAAUAACAGAAGACAAUUCUAUCAUCCGUAAGCAAAAUAUAUUGUUUCUUAAAUAUAGUAACUGUACAUAAAUCAAGGUGUCUCCGAAGAAAUUCUAAGACACGUCAAACGAUACUAACAAAAAUGACAUAUUUAAAAAUACUCGAUUAUACAUUCGGACAAAUAUGAAGGUUCCGCUUUUUCAUCUUGCAAAUGCUUCUAGUUGAUGGAUCAAUUUAAUUUAGUUAUUUUCAAUAAAUAAUAAUAGUAAUAUUAUUAUUUAUUAUAUAGAUUUAUAUAAUUACAGAUAAUUAAAUGAAUAUGUAUCGUAUUUUUUUAUUUUGUGAUCUGUACUAUAAAUUAUCUAACCAUAUUGGGAUAUCCAUGUAAUUUUUUUCAUUGUUUUUUUUUUAUGCUUACUGUAUCUAAGACUCGCACGUGAAGCUUAUGUUGUAUAAUGUUAUGCCUAAUGAAAAUAAUAACUGUGAUAUUAGAUAGUAUUUAAAUUCUAAGUUGUGUUUAUAGAUAAACUAAUAAAUAUGUAUUUAAAAUUCUUCCAGUCAGAAAUGUUAUGACGUUGUUGGAUCGGGUUGUUUAUUAAAUAAACAAUUAAAAUUUA